UUGCUUAUACAGAAGGUCUUCAUGGAAAAUGGAUGUUCAGUGAAAUUCGAGCUGUUUUCUCAAGACGAUAUCUUCUUCAGAAUACAGCCUUGGAGGUGUUCAUGGCAAACAGAACCUCCGUAAUGUUCAAUUUUCCUGACCAAGCAACAGUCAAAAAGGUUGUGUACAGCUUACCUCGUGUUGGAGUGGGAACCAGCUAUGGCUUGCCACAAGCAAGGCGAAUUUCUUUGGCCACUCCUCGUCAACUGUACAAAUCUUCCAACAUGACUCAGCGGUGGCAGCGAAGGGAAAUUUCAAAUUUUGAAUAUUUGAUGUUUCUCAAUACUAUAGCAGGUCGUACAUAUAAUGAUCUGAACCAAUACCCUGUAUUUCCAUGGGUAUUAACAAAUUAUGAAUCUGAGGAGUUGGAUCUAACCUUGCCAGGAAACUUCAGAGAUCUUUCAAAGCCCAUUGGUGCUUUGAACCCAAAGAGAGCAGUCUUUUAUGCAGAGCGCUAUGAGACAUGGGAAGAUGAUCAGACUCCACCUCAUCAUUAUAACACACAUUAUUCCACAUCUACUUGUACAUUAGCCUGGCUGGUCCGCAUUGAGCCCUUUACAACAUUCUUCCUCAAUGCAAAUGAUGGAAAAUUUGAUCAUCCAGACAGAACCUUCUCUUCAGUGGCAAGAUCUUGGAGAAACAGCCAAAGAGACACUUCAGAUGUAAAGGAGUUAAUUCCAGAGUUUUACUACCUACCAGAAAUGUUUGUCAACAGUAAUGGAUAUAAUCUUGGAGUCAGAGAAGAUGAAGUUGUUGUGAAUGAUGUAGAGCUUCCCCCUUGGGCAAAGAAGCCUGAAGAUUUUGUGCGCAUCAAUAGGAUGGCUCUGGAAAGUGAGUUUGUAUCCUGUCAGCUUCACCAGUGGAUUGACCUUAUUUUUGGCUACAAGCAACGUGGACCAGAGGCAGUCCGAGCACUUAAUGUUUUCCACUACCUGACAUAUGAAGGCUCUGUUAACCUUGACAGUAUCACCGAUCCUGUGCUCAGGGAGGCCAUGGAGGCACAGAUACAGAACUUUGGACAGACGCCAUCUCAGUUGCUUAUUGAGCCACAUCCGCCUCGGAGCUCUGCCAUGCACCUGUGUUUCCUUCCACAGAGUCCACUUAUGUUUAAAGAUCAGAUGCAGCAGGAUGUCAUAAUGGUCCUCAAAUUUCCAUCAAAUUCUCCUGUCACACAUGUGGCAGCCAACACGCUUCCCCACCUUACCAUUCCUGCUGUAGUAACCGUGACUUGCAGCCGACUUUUUGCAGUGAAUAGAUGGCACAACACAGUAGGCCUCAGGGGAGCUCCUGGAUAUUCUUUGGAUCAAGCUCAUCAUCUUCCCAUUGAAAUGGAUCCCCUGAUAGCCAAUAACUCUGGUGUGAACAAACGGCAGAUCACAGACCUUGUGGAUCAAAGCAUCCAGAUCAAUGCUCAUUGCUUUGUGGUCACAGCAGAUAAUCGCUACAUUCUUAUCUGUGGUUUCUGGGACAAGAGCUUUCGGGUUUAUUCUACAGAAACAGGAAAACUAACUCAGAUUGUGUUUGGCCACUGGGAUGUAGUCACAUGCCUUGCCAGAUCGGAAUCUUAUAUUGGUGGGGACUGCUACAUAGUCUCUGGCUCUCGUGAUGCUACAUUACUGCUAUGGUACUGGAGUGGUCGGCAUCAUAUCAUUGGUGACAAUCCAAACAGUAGUGAUUACCCUGCUCCCAGAGCUGUUCUGACUGGCCAUGAUCAUGAAGUUGUCUGUGUAUCAGUUUGUGCUGAACUAGGACUUGUCAUAAGUGGUGCUAAAGAAGGACCUUGCCUGGUGCACACCAUUACUGGAGAUUUGCUGCGAGCACUUGAAGGAACCGAAAAUUGUUUGUAUCCCCGCCUAAUUUCAGUGUCUAGUGAAGGCCACUGUAUUAUCUACUAUGAUCGAGGCAGGUUCAGCAAUUUCAGCAUUAAUGGCAAACUCUUGGCUCAGAUGGAAAUCAACGAUUCAACCAGGGCUAUUCUCCUGAGCAGUGAUGGGCAGAAUCUGGUUACAGGUGGUGAUAAUGGGGUUGUGGAAGUAUGGCAGGCUUGUGACUUCAAGCAGCUCUACAUUUACCCAGGCUGUGAUGCUGGCAUUAGAGCAAUGGACCUGUCCCAUGAUCAGAGGACUCUAAUUACUGGCAUGGCUUCUGGUAGCAUUGUAGCUUUUAAUAUAGAUUUUAAUCGGUGGCAUUAUGAGCAUCAGAAUAGAUAUUGAACCAGAGUGAAGAACCGAAAACAAAGGUGAAACUGAGAGCACAAGUGCUACUGGGAAGGCAUAAUCUCUGGUGGAAAAAUAAAUCUACAUUGACCUCCGUUGUACAUUCCAUUACACCCAGCAAUAGCUGUACAUUGUAGUCAGCAACCAUUUUAUUUUGUGUGUUUUUUCACAACUGAACACCAGCUGCUGCAGAAGCAGGCUUAUAUCAUGUAAAUUAAAAUGACUUAGGAGAUGUUUUGGUAAUUAUUUCAUAUACCUUUGUUUACUGAGAAAAGGUAGUAGAACAUGUCACAAGAGACUUUUGAAUAGUCUGAGGACCCUUGUGUCUGGUUGUUAUAUUGUUUGGGCCAUGAACCUAGCAUACAUUUCCCAUUUCCGGCCUCUUUUCAAGCUGAAAAAUAAUUAAAAGGAGAAAAAAAACUACGUUUGAUACUUUGUACAUCAGAUGCACAUCUUAACUUUAAAGGGAUACUUUUGUAAAAGUAAAACCUUGUAUAAAAAACAAAAAAAGUUUCUUAAUUUUAUUGUGGAGUUACAACUUGCAUGUACUUUAAACCUGAUGUCUUGAUGAAACAGCCACAUUCACAGAUUGAACUGGGGCCCAGCUUGUAUUCAAGAGUUGAAAUGGGGUGCAAGCCACAAUUUUGUCAUUGCCACUGCAACAUGGUUUGCACUUUUCCAUCUCAAGCCACCCCUUCUAAGUGGAGUUUUGCUCAUGACAUGAAGCAUUUGGAUAUGAAGCCAUUGUUUGCCAUAUUUAUGCAUUAUAAAAAGAAAAGAAAAAUCUUCCCUCAAUAAUUUAAUACUGCGAUAAGACAGGCGGGAGCACAGAAGAGGUGCCAUGCUACAGUGCUUAAUGACUUCCGCCAAAGCGAGAGUGCUAGACUUCUAGAUUCAUCACAUUUGGCAUACUGUACAUUGGAGGAAGAGAGCAAUUAAGAUUUUUCUCUUCAGUUCCUUAGAUAAAGCUUGGUUAAAAUCAGCCUAGCUUCAUUGGGUUUGUUCUUUUACUUUCUUCUGAAAAUCACAUGUUCAGCCACAUUCUCUGUUGAAGGCACUUCAUGUUUGACAAUACUGUAACGGUGACUAUCAGGAUAAUUUGCCGCACAUUCUACAGAUCAAGUAACAUACCCAGGGGUAUAUACACUUCAUGUUUCUUCUUUGUAUAUUUGGUGACUGUAUUGUCAUAGAUGUACAUAUUGUGUCGGUAGGGCUAUGAGGCAUGUAACAGGAAUGUAAUUUUCUCAGACUUUACACUCAAUUGCAGUCAUUUAAAAAAGAAAAAUCAAGAUAAUGGAUUCUUUGUACUGGCACUUUGCACCAGGAACAUAUCAUUAUUUAUUGAUGUGAUUCUUAUUUGGUAUCCACCUUGUAUUAGUAAGUUUUAGCACUAAAAUACCUUCUUCAUUGUUGUUUGUAUUUAUAAGAUUCUGAAAUCAUGGGGAAUCAAUGUAAUGAUUAAGUUAUUCAUCAUCAGUCUGUAAGCAAUAUCUUGAGUUUGUAGCUUAGAAUUGGGAGAAUAUUGAACAUCUGGAAGAUAAGUUCAUUUCAUCUCAAGAUCAUGGUGAAAUAUUUUGGAUAUAUAAAUUCCUUAAGCUAUUGUAACCAUGUUUUAUUGCAAAGAUGUAAAAUAUGCCAGAUGUGUGUGAGUUGGAAAUCAAAAUGAAAAAUAAAAUAUGCAAAGAAUUUA